AGUAGGAACAGAAUGUGGCUGUAGUCAAAGGAAGCAGGGGAACGACUCCUGUCUGAAACUUACUGAAGACUUUCCUAAACUGUGGAUGCUUCUUGUUUUGCUGAAACAUAGUCAACAAAACCCUUCGGAUUAACACUUUUAAAAACAGGAAUAACUUUUCCCCCAAAUUAAGAGGUGAGUUUUUUUAUCUGUUCGAGAUGCUGUGACUUUCGUUCUCCGUAUCUGUAACGUCGCUCCAGGAAUCUUAACGGUUACUAACGAACGUGACGUCAUUUUCGCGUUUGAAUUACGUGAAGUGUUUCACGUAAAGUUGUUUCGUGCACUUUUGUUUAAUUACUUUAAUUAAUGCUCGUUUAAUGCGGUUGGAAAGCAAAGUUGAGACUGCAAAGUUGUGUCGCUUCCCCGACGGUGAUGCUGCCAGGAUACUUUACAGAGAAUGUGGCACCGAAAUGUGAGCACUGAGUCUGGCUUUUUCUCAUAGUUGAGGUGAAUAUAAAAAUUGACUUGAUAAAAAAAUAAAGCAAGAAAGCGAACUCCAAAUGUUUUUUCCCCUUUGCUUUGUCAUGUUCAAACCAUGUAGCCUUAUUGUACUUUUUGUACGCUGCCACAACACAAACGAAAACAGUGCGAUGUGGUGUAAAAUCAGUAUUUGUUUGUAGUGUUUGUUAAAGUCUGAACAUUGUUCCGGAGAACAUAGCAGAAAACCUUCCCUUGAUAUUGUUGUGUAGUUACCAUGCCAUUAAAUGCCCAAUACACCAUUCAACAGUACUUAAAAGUAAUGUUUAACUUAUGCUAAAAAAGUUCUGUUUGGUGAAACAAACUGCUAAGUUGUUCCUUAGUGCCCAGGAGGAAUGUCAACUAUUUCCCCUCUCAGUUUAAUACUAGACUAGAGGGUAAUAAGAAGGAGGGAAGUGGGUAUCCUCACGUUUUCUACAAAGUAGAUCUGAUUUUAGGCUGUGGGCAUUGUUUGGGCCUAAAAUACCAAGCUUUUCUUUGCAUGUCAGAGGUCAAAGUUGAGCACUCCUUGUAGAAAUUGGCGACUUUAUGUCUUACAUAAGAGCCCAUUGGCAAAAAGGAUGCCAUGCCAACUGAAAUGUGCCCUCAGGUUUGUUGUGUUAAAUACUCUCCUGCCUAUAGGUUAUAUUAAGGUUGUAGAUAUAAAGUUAUUCACACUUUUGUAUGCUGGAAAAAAAGUCAUAUAAGACUAUAUCUGUUGUGUUUCUUUGAUUUGCCAUGUACACACCAGGUUAAAAUCUACUGGCUUGCUCUGGAUCCCCUGCAGGGGUUGCUUACACUUGAAACUUAUCCUGUACACAUGGUAGGUUAAUCAGUGGGUUAUCUUAUGUGGCUCAUUCCCAAACAUACACUGUGGGACAUGCCGAGUAAGUCUCUGCUACAGCUGUGUGAGGGAAAACGGAUGGAAAAACAACUCAUGUUUCUCAGACUGUGACACUGUGAAUGAGACACAAAAAGAGAGAGAGAGUGCAGGUGCUGUCUGGACAGGAAGAGCGCUGCUUGAGUAGGAAACAAAAAAGGAAAUGUGUGAACAAAGAUGGUUGGUGUGUGUCUGUGUGUUGGUGACUCAUUCAGAUGAUUCUGUGCAGGAAUGUGAUGGGAUGGCCCACAGUUGCACAAGGUUACAUCUCCCAUCCCACAGUAUAUCAUCACUUAACUCAAGCAACAAAUGACGGUUGCCAUCAUUUAAGUAAGCUAUAAAUGACAUUGAUUGUUGCACACUUGCAGAUAUGCUGUAGCCAAGUUUUCAGUCAUUUCCUCAGUUUAAACUCUGCAUCAAAAGCUCAACUGAAUCCUUAGCCUUAGGGCUGGUUUUCUCCAAAGCUAAAACUCUGCCAUGAAUACAGAAACUGUUACAUAGAGUACCUGAGCUGAAGAACAAUAUAUCUGCAGUUCUAUACACAGGUAACUGAAGAUAACCUGUCAAAUGCUUUUUACAUAAUCCUCACUUGACAAUGCAAAUUCUCAGAGGUAGCAUGAUGUACUCUUGGAGUAUAUUUUCAUACCACUUUAUAAGCUACUCUGUAAAUUGCUUCUUCCUAAACUCAUUUCUCAGUCUGCCUUCAGCCUGUUUCUAUAUGAUAAGGUACAAGAGGUACUAUACUUUAUUUUGAGUGUCCAGAUAAUGUAACUGAGGAAUGAGGGUGGUGCAAAUCCACAAGAGGAUGAGAUUACUGUUAUUGCCACAAAGAAGGAGAAACUUUAUCUUUUACAGUCCUAUGUGUUUUCUUUGUCCAAAUGUGUGUAUGCUGUCAGAUUACCUUCUUUAUGUAAGUCAUACAGGUGCCCCAAGCUUCCCACUGAUAUCAUUCAGCUCUGUCUCUAAGUGGAUCCUAAGGGUUCAGAAAACGAGCAAAGGUGGCUUUGGAAGUUUAAAGUUUAGGUUUUUUUUCUGUGUUUCUGGCCGUUUGAGUAUCUGGACACAAACUAUCCUUUUUCACUCCAAGGAAGAGAUGUUGCAAGACUCCUUUCAUUCAACUCAAGUGCACCAUAGGGGACAGAAGAAAAAAAUAGGUCAGUUCUUCCUGCAUUUGUCUCCCUUUCUCCCCUUUCCUUAGAUUGUGUUUUUCUCCUGCUCUGCUUACAUUGCCCUCUUACUGCAGCUCGAGUCCUUUAGAGGAAGUGGACCAAAGAGAUUUAACCUGCCUGCAUCCCCCUCGAGGAUAUUAUCAGCUUAUCUCGCAUGCUUCUCACUACAGCUUGCAGCACUUCCUCUAGGAUAUUUUGUUGAUUUUGGAGGGGAUUGGUUGCAGGUAGAUGUGUUACAGAGACUCAGGUUCAGUCCUGGGUCACUUAUUGGAGACAGCAGAGUUUAAAAAUAGCUUUCUGAAACUCGGUGAUAUGUCUGCUGUAGUUUCAAUUGGACAGUAUGCUUGAGUUUGGUGCACUGUGAGAAACAGACCCAAAACAUUGACUUUCUUUUGUGUUGAUUUACGUUAAUUUUUAGGCUUUGAAGUGCUUUGUAGCUACAGAAAAUGCUGGUGAAUUCAUCUAGUUAUGUGUUGUUACGCUAUCUGCCAAGUUUCACAUAUCUGCAGGGAUAUAUUUUUUUGAUUUCAUUCCAAUUUGUUCACUUUCUCUGCAGGUAAAACAGUUAUCCCAAGAAGAAGAAGAGGUGCUCAGCUUCAGUGGCAUGACACCUCUUGUGGUGUGACAGUGUUAACAAUAGCAGGGAGUCUUGUUGCAAAAGCUCGGCCGAAGAAACAGAUCAGCUCAAUUUCAACAACCUUUGAAAUUCUCUCAAAACGGUAGAUCUUUGCCUAAAACAAAACAACAGGGUUAAGUUGGGGUUUGCCAUAAUUACAGCUCAUUUUUAACCCUCUCUUUUAAAGCUACUUGCACUAUUUUGAGCAUAUGUAAUGGUCGGGUUGACGUCCUCGCGGUGCGUUGCACUACGAUUGCUAGUUUUGUGGUGUUACUCAUACUCAGUCCAAGCCUAAAAGCUGGGCAGGGAGAGAAGGGAGUGACUGCUGACUCUGUUCUAACAUGUCUGGUUGUGCCGACAGUUUGAGGUGUGUGUGUGUGUGUGUGUGUGUGUGUGUGUGUGUGUGUGUGUGUGUGUGUGUGUAUGUGUGUGUAUACCCUUGAAGCCACAUGGAAGCCAGAUGUUGUGAAUGUUGAAAUAACUUUUCAACAGGUAACUAAGCUGAAGCUGGUCUUCUCCUAGAAAACACCGACCUCAAACUUGUUCUUUCUGGCCUUGUUGAUUGACUUUUGAUCGAUUUUUCUGAUUGUAUUUGUGGGGUUGUGUGUAAUAAAGCGUAUCGUCAAAGAGAAUAGAUGAGUUAUUGUUUUCACACUGUGUGAAAUGACAAUAUUGAGUAUAUCAAUACAUUAGCAAUAAAUAAACGUUUUUAAAGUGUGCUCACCUUCCUUGAAUAUGAUCGAGCCAAGUAGGGCAUCAACCAUUGAGAACACAUACAGUGUACACGUCACAGCAGGGUAAGCUACCACAGCUGCCUGCAUGGCCAAAGUUAAAAAUGAGUGCACUGACAUUGCCAGAAAAACAAAAACAAAGCACAACUACCACCAGAGACCACAAAAUAGAGACUGAGGUAAGCUUAAGAAGUCAAUGGCCGACCACGACUGACCAGGAAGGGCACCAGCAAAACAAAAGCGCUAAGAGCGAUGGUGACAGUGUUUAUCCAAACCUGCACAUCCUGCAGUAGACUUCCCCUCUACCUCAAUAACACAUAGACAAACUUGUUUUUUUGAAAUAACUAAUAGCUGAUGUUGAUCUGAUAUGACUUUACAUACAGAACCAUAAAUCACUUCCAGAUCCGUGUAGCUAACUUUUUUGUUUACUGUUUUUCUUCACAGACCAAGUAUUUAAACUUCUGUUUCAUUUUGCAAUUCAUCAAACUUCAUACAAAAUGAAUGGAUUACUUCAGUGCAAAAUCAUGAAAGUAAUGCCUCUUUUAUUCCUGAACAGCCAUUAAAUCCAACAUGGAUUACAUAUUGGAUUUGGCCACUAAGAAUCUCUGUUGAAUCAUGGCAUUCCCAAACAUUCCCACCCUUAUUUGAACCUUGAAUUGUCCAUAGAGCUCGUGCCAAGAUUGGUUAUGGCACAAUACAUCUCUUUGCCCCGAUAGCUGAUGCCUCAAGUCUGAAGCUGUAAUUCAACCAAUGAAAAGACAAUUGAAAAGUUUGCACGUUGUCGGUGUAUAAGCUGCUACUGAAGGCUUUCAAUGGCUCUUUCAUAUUUGUAUUCUUUAUCAAUACAAAUGAUGAAUCACUGAGCAGGGAGGCGCUUCAUCUCCUUAAUAUGGGAGUAAAUCCAGAACAACAGAUGCCGGGAUGAUUGAGCACCAAAUGAGGUGAAACAUCUUUGAAAUUCUUGUAAAAUGAGAGUUUUCUCUCCAGUGAAUCCAGAUAAUGAAUGUUAAAUAUUUUAGCAGCAUUUACAAUGAAAGUUGUGGUCCAGCCCGAGGCCACCCACCAUCCAAUUUCUCAGUUCUUCUUCGUGAAUUAUGCAACAGCUGUAUAAUACCGUGCUGUGUCCAGGCCUGACCUUUAGGGGUUAAUGAGUGUGACAUUUGAUGAUGGGAAACAUCCAGGCAUUUACUUCUCUGAUGAUGUGUCUGUGUGAGAAAAUACACACAGUACACUCAGCAUGAUAGAAAAUUAUAUUUCCUGGGCUUCUGAGGUGUGGAUAAUCACCAUAAUUCAUAUUCUACAUUUUGAAAACUUUGGAUCAGCCACAAAAAUCUGGUUUUGGUUCUCAGAUGUUUGGUUUGACUCAAAGCCAGAAACAGACAAUUUAUCCUCCCUGUCAACCCAGCAGAAAAAGACAUCACAAAUAUCUGCUGGAUGAUCUUAUGAGUAAAGGAUCAUGGGAAUCAGGGUCUUAAAUAUAGUUGUGUGUUCUCCCUCUGCUUCUGAGCUUAGGCUUUAAGGCUAAAAACACACACACUGAGCAUCCAGGUAUUUAUGGGAGAGCAGAUAAACAUGCCUUGGGGCUCUAUUAAUAUCAGCAAGUGACACAGUUAUUUAUUCACGCCAGUUUUAGACUGUCAGCAGCAGAGAAAGUCAAAUAUAAGACGACAAAAUAGCUUUAUUUGACCAGUGUAAUAGCAUAUUUCCUGAACGUAAAGGCAGCCACUUCCUGACAUCAUGACAAGCCAACCAGAGCCCAAAAUAGAGGCUCAGACAGUCUAGGGUUUGAGGUUGCAGUGGUCAAGCAUGUCGUUCACUAGCGUGUUGUUUCUGUUUUUCCCUGUUAAGUUUGUAACUCUCUGCCCCUCCUUUUAUUGUACCAGUAGGUUAAAAAGUGAAGAGGAGGGAAGUCUCACUGUGAGGGCUAAUGCCACCUUGUGACUGAUGUGAUUUAAAGCCUCUCGUCAGCUCAGCAGCAUUUCUCAUCAGCUGAAUAAACAGAUCCCUUGGCAGCCAACUGCAGAAAGAAAAUGUACAUAUCCCCAUUUGGAUCCAGGCGUUGGCACUAUUUAGAAAAGUCAUUGCCUAUGGAGUAUUUUUGUAGCUUUUUUUGCUAAAGGUACGGUUCAAAUGUUUUUGAGUUUACUUUGUCGAUUAGGAUCCUAAUAAGUCUAAUCCAAUCUGAACUUCAGUGGAUCCUUUUUUUGCCCAUGAUAAACCCUUCAGCCACGUCUCACAGAAAUCAGUCAGGUAGUUUCUCUGUUGUCCUGCCAACAGUUCACAUUGCCCACAGCAUAAUCUCCUUGUUUAUUAAUCCAUAAUCAAAAUAAUUACAGAUAAUUCUUCCAAUUGUCGACUGCUCAGCUCUUUGUGAAUGGCCGUGAUGCUCCCGCUGAACCCGGAGCAAAUGAAAACAAACAAAACCAAUUAGCUAAGCUGAAUAAGACUUGUGUACAAACACAGUUCAGCUCCAGAUCAGGGAUUACAGUGAGUGCAGGUUCCAGGAUGCUGCUGGAGCAUACAGUUUGUGAGCACAUGGAGACAGCGGCGGUGCUGCUUGUUGUGUGUGCAUGAAGAAUCAAAGGCCGCCAUUGUUACAAUGAGAAGCAGAUGUUAGUGAGGAAUUCUCCUGACUGCAGCAGUUUUUCCUUUUUUCAUGCCUAAGCUUCGAAGCGCUGCCUCCCUGUGCUGUCUCUCUCUUUUUUCGCCGCUGCAUUUAUCCAUCCUGUACUCUUUUCUUUGUCUCUUUGACACAAACUCUACCUGGAGCUAUUCUUAAAACUGAGUGGUGACAGUUUCCUUCGCUUGGUCCGUUCCCUUUUCUCCUAGCAGAGGAAGUUUUCUUUGGCUCCGCUUCCCCACAUUUGGACAUGGAGACUCUUUCCAGGUCUCUGAUGCCGUUGGAGGAGGGAAAGAAUGAGAGGCAGAGAGGUAUAGUUGUUACUGAGGCCCUUUCUCUCUAUCCCAGAGUGGGAUUUGGUGUCAAGCCUGAACUCUCAGGUUUGCCACGUUGACAAAAUCCCUGUUUGAGGCUGAAAGGCCAGAGGAAGCUCUGCUGGCUGCUCUUUGUGCGUGCUUGUGCUGCUUUAGAUGGACUUUGGUGUUGCAUCACACUUCGCUACAGCAGUGAAAGAGGGCUGGUAAGCAGCAGUAAUGUCAUUACCCAGCACUCUCUUCCCUCACACACAGUGUUCAUGCUCCACUGUGUGUAACUGAAUCCACCCUUUCAUUUCACGGUGGACAUUCCCUCUGUGGUGAUGUGUCUCAUGUGCAGACCAGACGUGACACAACAGCGUUUGAAAACCAUCAAUAAUGACUUAACUCAGUUAUGUAUGAGUUACCGUCUCUACUCCAGACCAGCACAGGCAUCCACUUUCACCGCUGACAUUCAACUAAGUGAUUAACAAAAGAAGGAUGUGCUUUUCAUAGUCGGGAAUCAUAUUUCUGUCUGAAAAUGCAACACGAUAUGACUUUUGCAGAGCCCACUUCAAGGGCUAUUAACUUUCCUACAGGGAGGUGGAUGGAGGUGGAUGCCUGGAUGUUUCAACCUUAUACUGGUACUAAAAUAAUCACCAGGGAGAAAUGGGGCGUCUUCAAUCCCUGUCAAGUCAUUCCAGCUUGCAGAUGACUUGAAGUUGAAUAUUUCCAGCAGCGACAGUUCCUGUGGUCUUUUGAGACAUUUAUUAGUCAACUUCUUAAAUGAAUGAGAUGCAUCUUCUUUUGGUCCUGUAAUUUCUGAGUGGGUGUAAAUACAACCACACCCUGCCUCUUCAUCUUUUCUGCCACCAUGGUUUUUAAAAUCAUCGUCAUCAUACUCCCAUUCAGCAAUUUCACUGUUUCCAAACUGCCAAACUUUCCAACUUAGGGGUUAGGUGGCCAAAAUGUCAAGUUAGAUAACUGUAUCUCAAGCCUAGCAGGUAGCUAUCAGCACCUGCCUAUCACUUAAAGCAGCCACCCUUUCAUUUGUCAUAGCUGUAAAUCCUCAUAUCAUUCAAAUGAGUGAUUUAUAUUUCUUUUUUUUCCCCUAAGGCGGUGGUUCUCAGCCUUUCUGAGUCACCCGAGAGCAAUGAAGGUUUUCAAAGCCAUCACCUGCUCCCAUCAUGCAGCUAACAUGCUGUCAUUUUGAAAUGCCACAUAAGCACGCUAAAUACUGUAAUGAUUUUAGUCUUGAUUUAUUUAAUUUUCCUUUCAUAACUAUCUACCGAUCACUAGAACCUAUCUUGCAACCCUUGUUAAGAUUGGGACCUUGCAGUUGACCCUGUUUACAGACCAGGCAAACCCUUCUCAUGUCCUCUUAACAGCCAACCAUAUAAGCUCAAUUACCAUGAGGAAUGCAUCCUCCAGUGCAAGCCAGCAUAGUAUAGCCUCUCAACACUUGCAUCUGGUUUUGAGGCGUUCUCCAGUGUUUAGAAACUGAAAAUCCAGCCUGCAUCUAGGGUCUCUCUGUUUAGUGGUUCUGCCAUUACAUCUUUCUAUAACAAUAAUCAAGCCCUGGCUUGACAGUGCUGUUUCUUGUUUUUGUUUUUGGGGGUGUUCCCUUCACUAAUCUGGAAAACAAAGCUGAGUAUUUUCUGCAGAUGGAUCUCUCUCUGCUUACUGGAAUCACUCUUGGUCUGUGGAGGGGAAGUGAGAGAUGGAGGGAAGUGAUCCAAUUAGUUGGAUCUCACUUCUAAUUAACCCCGCUGCCAUCACACACACACACACAGCUCAGCUGUUCUAUAGUAACACCAGACAUAUGGUCACAGCUAGAGAGCAGGAAGUUACACAUUCUGUAAGAGCAUGCGUGUAGAUUAGGGCCCGACUGAUAUGGAUUUUUUUGGGGGCCGAUGUUGACACCGAUUGUAAGGGGGGGGGGUAAAAUCCGAUUAAUCGGACGAUUUUAAAAAAUUUUAUGAAGUUAUAAAAAAUACAUACUGUAGAUAUCUACAGUAUACUAUAUACUGUAGCCGACAGGAAGACCGACUGAUCAAACAUGGACCAGAAAAGCGUUUUUAACUGGAUCAUCGUGAAGUGGGUUGAACUGAAACUUGUUGACUUAUUGUGUAUUUUACAAACUGGUUUAUUUUGGUGGAACAUUUUCGAAGUGAAACUGAAUCUUAUUCUCUGCAUUUUAUUUUUGAAAAUAUCGGCGACAAUCGGCAAGUUUUGGCCGAUUACUGAUUAGUCUCAAACAGGCUAAAAUUUGCCCUAGUGUGGAUGCGUCUUAUGUACGUUGUGUCCUCUUUUAUCUACAUCUACAUAUGUGUGAAUGUUUGUAUCUGUUGUUUCAGUGCAGUUGUGUAUAGUGAAGGUCAACAGCAGUGCAGUGAGUUGUCUCUGCCAGUUCUCAUCAGGAAAGUUUGCUGAGUGGCUGGUUGCCCGCCACGCUGCACAUCGAAUGACCAGCUCUAAUGAGAACUGAUGCUGAAUGUCAACAGUAUGUGUAUUUAUGGCUGCGCCGCUCACAAUGCUCCCUGUCUGUGCUGCAACAAAGCAGUGUUAUAUGUCGACAGCAGGCGAAUUGAAUGGGUACUUAGUCUGAGGAGCACUUGGUGACUUUGCAGCAGAGGUCCGGGCCUGCAGUUAAAGCUGUUGUUUAUUAGUCUCAUUCCGGUCAGUACUUUUACUGAGGUUUCCACUUCUUCUUGUUUUGUUAGAGUAAGAGUUCACUCUUACUAAAGCAGGCUUUUCACAAAAAUUUUUAAUGUUCCAGCUUGUGAAGGCAGUGUAAGUCUCAAACUACCUUUAGGGGAUUUACACUGCAGUAAAACUGUUGUAAUUGUAUGUUGGUAGAAACAAAAACAGACCUGAACUCCUCAACUUUUCCUCUUGUGAGUGAACCUUUAACCCCCCCGGCGAGAACUUUUUCAAUGCUAAUUGUUCUUCCCUCUGUAAUGUGGUUCUUUGGUGUGUCUGUGCUCUCUGUUUUUAAUGACAACAGCGACUUUAAACAGGAAGAGGUGAUAAUCUGGAUUGAUUGUUCUUUAACAUUCUUAUGUCUGGUGUGAGACUUUUCACACCUGCUGAAGGUUUCACGUCCUCAGGCACAGUUCAUGCUGGGUGUGAGCUACUGGCUGCUCCUGGGACAACUGUUAAAGUUGUGCUGUCAUGCCUCUGUGUAUGUAAGAGCAGCAUAUAGCUUGUAGAAGUAGUACUUUAUGAUGAUGGAAAAUGGUCUAUUUACUAUUGUGCUCUGUAAAGCUUGGUGCUUUUUGAAUUUUCCUUUGGGGAUUAAUAAAGCUUCUCUUAUUUCCUCGACAUUACGAUAAUGCUUGAGUUCCUCUAUGUGUCACAGAUACAGGAAAAGGGUCUAAACUGUGUCCCUAUGUGAAAAUUUCCACUGUGUUCAGCAAUGUGUAGUUUUGGUGCAGAUGUGUAGCUUUUAUGGCCUCACCCCUUUGCUAGCUACCUGUGUAGCAGAUGAGCUCCUGGUCGAGUUGAUAGUUGUGAGGAACAGAUAGAUUCACAGUCUGGGACCAAAUUGCCAACCCCCUCUGCUGGUCACAUUCAGCCCUGAGCCUCGUACACACUUGACUUCAUUUAUAUAGCACAUUUUGAAACUCAAGCAUGGAGCCCAAAGAAAAGAUGUUGUUGUGUGUAUAAAAAAAAUAAGAAGAACAUUGCUUUGUUUUCUGGAUGUGAGAUUAUCCUAUAAGAAGGGUGAGAUUUUUAUUGGAAUGCACUUCUAAUAAAACUCAAUCGCUGGUAUGUUACAAGGAUGAAGUCUUCCACUCUGGUGUAAUGAGUUUCCACUCUGGUGUAAUAAGAGAUUCUAUUACAGUAAACUUUCCUUUUUAACAAUACCUCUGCAAAGAUCCAUUAAACCAAACUCUGUGGAUAUCAGCCGACAGAGAAGAAGUCAGGAGAGUGCUGCCAGGAGGGAAAAUAUGGUUCUGUUUGAGUUACAGAGCCAACCUCCAUUUGACAUUUGGACCCUGUUCAUGAGUCUCCUUACAGCUGUUAAAGGCAGCAUGUUUUAGACUUCAGUUGUAUUUCUAGUUUGGUGUUUAAAUGCCUUAAAGUGAAUCACAUUUCUGUUGUGUUUCAAAAUCAUAAAAAAUUGGUGCGUUUUUCUAGGUAUGAGUCACUCAGUCCCUGUGUUUCUCUCAUGCCAUCUUGAUAGUUCCUCUCCAGACAGAUGUUCAAAUGUUUGUGAGGAGUCACCGACAUUCCCAUGACAUUAUAUCACGAGCAGGAAUGCAGUCUUGUUUUUUCUGUGCCUGACUUUUAUCCUUUCAGACUUGCAGUGUUGAUAUUCUUAAAUGUUUAUAGAGAUUUUCAGACUAAUUUCAUCCUUUUUUGUCAACAACACAGCCACUAUGACUCUCACUCAGCAAUCCACAGCUCUAUAGAUCAUACAAAGCAGAAUUCAGUUGCCUGCACUCAUAUUUAAUCCCUCUUUUUCUCUCAUUUCUCCUCAGUGACUGACUGGAGCUGAGGUCCACAUGCUCUGCUUUGUAAGUGCUGCUCGGCCUACUGAGCCUGAAGGUGCUGGUGUGUCUGAACUGGGCUGCAGCUGAAGCACACAUACACUGACUGCUGGUCCUGGUGGUGGUGGUGUUGGUGCCUGCGGUGGAAGCAGGCGGAGGGGCCUGUCCUGUCUGAGCCACACGAAGAUGAACAAACUGAGCUUCCACAACAACAAAACCAUGCAGGACCGCCGCUGCGUCUGUGUCUUUUUGCCAAAUGAUGACACACUUAAUGUCAUAGUCAAUGUAAGUUCAAAUGUGUGCAAUGUUUCUGUCACAGCAUUCAUUCAACUCUUUAGGCAGAUGUAUCAAAGAGGAAAGAGUUGCAGCUCAAAAACUCAACUACUGUUACAUAAGCUGCUGCCAUAGCUUGUUUAUUUGAGUUUUCACGGAGGGUCUUUAUAGAGUCAGCAGCCUCAGAUUUCAGAAACACUUGAGAUGCAAAUCCAGCUCAUACUGGUCUUUGUUUACAAAAGGGUCAUCAGUGAAGUGCACAAAAAGCUACGCUGUUGCUCUGAAAACAUGAAAACUUCCUGCUGUUUUCUAGUGCCUUUGAGGGGAUAUCUGUGAUUUUACACAUUCAUUAAAUGAGCAGUUAGCACUUGUGUUUGCUGCCGUAGGAAGCAUGUUACAGCACACCACUUUAAAGUCCUUUUGAUAUACUUUCCACAGCAUAAAUUCACAGGGAGUAAUAAGUCAGAAAGAAACAGGAUAGCUGGCCACCAUCUGCAGCCUCAUAUUCAGUAAUGGUUCCCUCAUCUGACCCUUUCAAUAAAGCUGACAAGCUGAUCAAACUUUACAUCUCAGAUCUUAGCCUGAAGGGUUUGGAUUUCAAAAUAAAUUAUGGCAAGUACUCUUUGGCAGCCAAAUGCUGGUUCUUAUGAAACACUGAUUUGGUGGCGUAUCUAAAGUGAAGAUUAUCCAAUGUUUGAUUUAUUACCCUUUUAACAUCUGAUCCGUAGACAAUGCUCAAUUGUUGGUGGCCAAGUAGAAGUGAUUUUAUUUGUUAUGUAGCAUGCCAAGGCGUGCACACAUUUCCUGACAAUGUGAGACUCCCGGCAGGGUAGCAUGUAUGUUGUUUUGUGGUGUUUUUUGUUAUUCAUCAGAUUAUAUCUCCAAGCUAAAUUUGCUGUACUUUUUUCCCUCUCUUCCUCAGGUGAAGACUUUGUGCCAGGAACUGUUGGUGCAGGUGUGUGACCUCCUGAGGCUGAAGGACUGUCACCUGUUUGGACUGAGUGUUAUUCAGAGUAGGUCUUAUAAUUCCAGGGACUCACUCUGGGGAAACAAAGACUUGUUUUCUUCCUUUGUCUGACCUGUUUGUGUUCUUCUGGUUUAAGUUUAUCUGUUUACUUUUUAUCCACCAGAUUAACAUAGCAUACCACUGUUUUUUCCCCUCACAUAUUUACUUUGAUAAAGUAAAGCCCAGUUUGAACAUACUGGAAGAACAUGGUUUAUUGUAAAGCGAUGCAGCCAUAAAAAGCACCAGAGCCCUUUAGAAAAACAAUGUAACCAGGCAGCCACUUUCUCCAGACUAAUAACUUGGCUGGGAAACAGGAAUCUGCCCCAAAUACUGCAUCUCUCACCUACACGUCACAGUGGAUUCACAGAAGCUGGGGCCUCUGCAUCCUGACUGGCUCCUAUUGUGCAGUGAGGCCGCAGUUGUUUUUACGGUGGCAGCACAGUGAGGGGCGUUCGAGUAAAGUGAGUCACCGUGUUUGCACCGCAGUGAGGCAGACAGUCGGUGACAGUUGUACGCAACUGCAAAGGGAGAGUAAAUUGCCAAGGCGGUGUUUUUGGACAGCUGGCUGUGAGAUGAGCCAAUGGUGGCUCAGCAGGUCAGUUGAGCAGGAGCCAAUGGGUCUGAUCGUGGGACAUUCCUGAAGUGCUUGUUUGAACAGCGUGAAAUCCCAAAGGAAAACAGAGGCCACCCACCCCCUGUGUGUCACCCUCUGUCCCCACGACCCCAGUUGAUUUGCUACAUCAGACAUAAAUGGACAGUGUUUACAGUAUUUACUAGUGGUGCAACGGAUCAUCAUUGAUCCGUGAUCCGUUCGGAUCGACGUCAUCGGUUCGGCACACACGUUACCCGCGGUUCGAUUUCUGAAAAAAAAAAUUUGGCUUCCCUGUCAACUAUGAUGAGGAAGGAAAGAGGUCAGUGGACAAAACUGCGAAGGUGUGUAGGCACUGUGGCAUAAGAAAGCCAUAUGACAGUGGAAACACAUCGAGCAUGUUCACGCAUUUGAAAGCGACAUCACCCGGGUGUUUUACUGACAGGUGUUGUGCCGUAGACUGCACCCCUGCCGUAGAACGCACCCCUGCAUCCCCUCCACUCGUUAGCUUCUUAAAGUGGAGAUAAUGAUCUCAUAUUUAAAGAAACACGAGUAUUAGAUCAUGACAACAUGUCAAAUGGAGCAGCAAACUUUCAUUUUCUUUUUAUGUGUCUCAAAAAUGCAAAUAUAGAGGUGUACUUGGGUAUAAACUGGACAGAAAGCUGUCCAGGUAGAGAGCAUUAUAUUUUCGGGACAGCAAUAUUCCAAGGGCUGUUGUUUUUGGCUUCUUUGAAUAGCCUGAAUGAAAUUAUUGAAGGCAAACGCUUUUGAAUCCAUCCAAUGUAAGAAAAACUUGGAUUAUUUCGCCUCGUUAUGUACUUUAAACCGCGCUCCCGUUAGGGGGUGCAUUCUACGGCAGGGGUGCAUUCUAUGUCACAACACCUGAGAUAAAACGAAAGCUGGCCAGCAACCGCUCAUCACCGCAGCAUUUAAGCAGCCUCUUCCUGCGCAAUCCGACCGGGUUAAAGCUAUCACAAACGCUAUCGGUGUGUUUAUAGCUACAGACAUGAGGCCAUAUUCAGUUGUGCAAACGAGGGCUUUAAAAACAUGCUGAAAGUGCUUGAGCCACGUUACAAUAUCCCACCGCGCACAUACUUCAUUUUUGGUUCAUUGUUACAUUUUAAAGGAAGGAGAUAUGCCUAUAUAUUGCACUUUAAGUUGUUUUUCAUUAAUAAUUAUGUUGAAAAGAAGAUAUUAUGCCGUAUGCACUACUUUUAUAUAUUUUAAUUCAACCAUUUAAGUGUUUAAUAUACAGACAAAACUGCUUUUUGCUGAUCCGAAAAAUGAUCUGAUCCGUGACUCUUGAUCCGAGGAACGAUCUGAUCCGUGAGUGUUGUGAUCCGUUGCACCACUAGUAUUUACUAUUGUGAUUAAGGAGGUAUUUUUACUUUUUUAAUUCAGUAAAGUUAGAAUGUUUUGUGUCCAUGAUAACUAAGGCAGUCAGUGGUAAGUUAAUGAAUAAGAUAAGCACAGAUAAUUAACUAAGGGUAAUCUGAUUUGCAAACAUACUUUUUAAUCUUCAACAAAAUCGGUCACCCCCUGUAAAGUGACGUUAUUUGACAGACAGCAGAACUAAGGCUCUAUUCCUUUAAAUCUUCAAGACCAUACUCCCCUCUGAUCUUUGCCUACUUCCUUGUCUGGCUACCCUGAACAAAUUCUAAAUGAAAACUUUUCACAGAGAUGUUUUCAGAUUAGCUCCAUCAGCAGGAUGUUGCUCCUGGAAACAGAUUCCGCUGAAAAGUUUUCCAAACUAAUACUUGGAUUCUUUGAGCACCACAAGUCUAAUAUAAUCAAACUCAGUUGUAUCGUCAUGGCAGCGGAGGUCUUUGUGGUGGGCAAAACAAAACCAGACUGUCUUUGUGGGAAAAUAACUGAAUUAACAUGAUAAAAACAAGGCUAAAGCAGGAAUCUGGAUAUUCAGGGCAUUUCAGUUGCUGUCCUCACUUAGAGUCAUACAAUUUGUCUUCCUGACUCUCUCACAGGUUACAAAUCUGACAAAAAAAGUACAUUACUUGUCAGCUAAAAAGACCCUGCUCCUGCUCUUCACCUUAUUUCUGCUGUUGAGUUGGUUUUCAUUCAGUACAAACUCACUCAGAGUUGUCAGAUGUGCAACUCAUGAAAGGCGUCAGUUCAGGAGCAGAUUAAGACCCGGCAGAGUGAGGUGAGGGAGCGAGGAGGAGCAGCAGAGGCUCUGAGUACAAAGAGAAGUGCAGAAGCUGUCUGAUGUGACGGCUCUGAGGCAGACUUUGAACAGGGUGCACUCAGGGAGGAUUUCUCUGCGCACACACAAACAUGGAGGCACCUAAACAUCCACGUAAACACACACACACACACACUGGUGAAUCAGAAACAAGUAUCAGAGAUAAACCUGUUGCUCUCCUCUCUCUCUCCUCUGACAGAUAACGAACACAUCUAUAUGGAGCUGGAUCAAAAGCUAUCCAAAUAUUGCCCUAAAGAAUGGAAGAGAGAAGCAAGCAAGGUAAGAAGUUCAUUCAGACGAAGUGAAAAAGUGAGAGGAGUACAGUAAGUUCUGGUUUUAAUGCUGCGCAGGAGAUGAGUCACAUAAUAGGCCAACAUUUAUUCGAGUAAGCACAGUCAUGUAAAUAAACUUGUUUGUCCAAAACAAGUAAAGAUCUAAAACUACAAGCUUCAUAUCUUCUGUAUUUAUUAUGUAAAAUGCAGAUAUAGUCUGAUACGAUCAUGAGUUUAGUAGAACCAAAUGUAAAGAAUGAACGACCUGCUGUUGUUUCUCUCUCAGGGAAUCGACCAGUUCGGACCUCCAAUGAUCGUCCACUUCAGAGCUCAGUAUUACGUGGAAAAUGGGCGGUUAAUCAGGUAAGUAAAGCCUUUUGACAACAACCGCUUCUAGGUCCAAACUGUCCUAACAUCUCUGUUUGCCUCCCUUUUAAUCUGGUUAAUGUAGCCUCUGUCUGUCUGUCCCACAGUGACCGAGCAGCCAGGUAUUACUACUACUGGCACCUGAGGAAACAGGUGUUGCUCUCUCAGUGUAUCCAAAGAGAGGAGGCUUACUUCCUGCUGGCAGCCUUCGCCCUACAGGCAGACCUGGGAAACUUCAAACGAAAUAAGCACUUUGGGAAGUACUUUGAACCUGAAGCCUACUUCCCCCCAUGGGUGAGUAUGUCCAGUGAGCACUGUGUGUGGUUUUGCAUGUCAAAUUCAAGUAAUAGAAGAAGAGUGGAUUUAUGAUAACGAUCACCCUGCCCUUUAUAUUCGACAUUAGUUCAUCUUUUCAUACGUCAGGAUUUACAGGAUUAAGAUUUAAGAAUACGAUUUAUAGAUGCUCUCCAAUGGAUUGACCUAUUCCCUUUUGAUUUCCAUCACAAAUGAAAUCAAUCGAUUUUCCUGAGCGACUACUUACCAAGUCACUCAAACGUCAUGUGUGUCGCAACUCCACAACAGCGCCAGAACACAGUUUUGUCAUCAGUACGUCUUAGUACUUGAACGAUGUGCCCCAAAAUGGCGUGAAAUUGGUGUCCCAGUGUUUGAUUUGCACAUACAAACACUGCUAUUGUGCCCUGGGGGCUUCCAAGCUACACAUCACCAUUGUAUUCCUACAAGUCUACCCCUGUAACUACCUCCAAGAGAAGAUCAGAGGCAUAAUUACUUUUCCCCACCACUACAGCACCGUGCUUUAUGUCCUGUGGACAUGGCAUAACAGGGUUUUAAAUAUCCUGCCUUGAAAUGGCAGGAGAGCCACUUAUUUCCUAACAUCUAUCUAUGGAGGCAGAGAAUAAACAAAGGGAUAAAAAAGAGAAAUGUUGCAUGCAACAGAUGCAGCCAGAGUUUAAUCAGGGAGACAUUAAUGUAGUUUGCACCUCAUCUAUUUGGUUCUUCUACGAGUAUAUUUGAGUGUGAGACUUGAGCAUAUACAAGAGGCUUAAAAGUAGCAUUAAAUAUGAGUAAUACUGUGAACACAUCAUGGAACUGGCCUGGUAAAUCUCUCUGUGGUUAGUCUGUCUGAUUUUCCAGUGAGUCACAGUGAAUGUCCUUGUAAAACAUCAGUGGCUUAAACAGUUACCGGCCAAAGAGACCCAAAUUUACCUGCUGCAUCACUGACUGAGUGGCUGAAACAUAAAGGAGAGGUGUGGUAGGUGUCCUGGUCUGCAGCGUAUACAAUGAAUGUGUCUGUAGCCCACUUCCAUUAAUCACUCUGUCCAAAUAUUUAGCGACAGCUCCACAUCUGAGCGUGUGGGAUAAUGAGAACUGGGGCACCAAGUUUAUUUUUGUCCCUGGAAGUGGCACACACACACACACACACUUUUUUUUUUAAUCUUGAGAAAUGUUCCUGCUGUCAUGGCUAUACUGGCUUCACUGGCACCCUCCCCCCUCUCUCCAUGUACGCCAUGACAGACACACCCGUCUGAUUGGCCUUCACUUCCUGUAAUUAACCCCCUGCCUUCUUAUCGCCACUUGAAACCAGCAGUGACAGGAAAUUACUCGACGGGAGCUACUCUUCUGUAAGUCCCCCCGCAGAUUCAAAUGCUUAGAAAGUCUCCAGAAGCCACAUAUAAGGCUUAGCGGGUGUGUUUUCAGCUCGUGCCUCUGUGUUCGGUCUCUCAGUCUCUCAGGGUUGACAUCUGUUUGGCCUGCAGCAGCGAGCUUCAUUACCUUUAUUGGCAACCUGCUCUGCCAAUCUGCCGUAAUGAGCCUGAAAAACUCGAGGACGGCCAAGUCUGAUGUGUCACUCCUUCUCUCCUUGCUCAGGUGAUAGCCAAGCGCGGCCGUGAGUACAUCCUGAGACAUAUUCCCAACAUGCACAAAGACCAGUUUGCUCUCACGGCAUCAGAGGCUCACCUCAAAUACAUCAAGGAGUGUGCCCAGCUGGAUGACGUCACUGUCCAUUACUACAGACUAUACAAGGUGAGAGAUAGGACUUUCUUACGAUGUGCAACUGAUAUCUGAGACAUUUUCAACUCAGACUGGCAUUGUUUGAAUCUUAAAAAAUGAUUAUUUUUUUGAUCAUUUCUCAUUCAACAGGACAAGAAGGAAGUAGAGGCCUCUCUAACAUUGGGACUGACUUUGCGGGGGAUCCAAAUUUUUCAGGUAUAUGAAGUUUCUCUCUUGAUAGUGAAAGAAGGCAAAGUGUCAAAUCUGACUUGUGGCCUUUCGCCUUAAAUCUUGGCUCAUGGGUCCAGAUGCUUAUCUUCUUUGUGUGAUAAACAAGCACAUGCCAAAAGAACAGAACACAGGAUGUCCUCCACCAAUGCCCUUUAGUUACUGUGCCAUGCCUUUCCUUGAAUUUACUGGCAGUCCACACACUGUGUUGUGCUGCUUUGAUGUCAUGCUAUGGGUUGGUUUGGCUGUGGAAAUGCAAGCAGGAUCAGGCUGUACCGUACCAAACUGUGCUGACCCAAAUCACAGCGCUUGGUGGAAAUGCACCACCAGAGUGACUAAGCAACCUUACAAGCAUGCUUUUUGGCUACUGGAGGAAACCAGAGUGUCGUACGGGAACUAGGCGAACAUGUAAACAUCAAUCCUCCAAAUAAAAGAAUCAAAAUCCCCAAAAAGAAAUGCUCCUAGACUCAAUCUUAGAUAUUUGUCUGUUUUAUCUUCAUAUCUCUUGAUAUAACCCUAUGUUGACGAUUUGCAUCUCAAAGACGGUAUAGACUUUUGGUAAAUCUUAAACAUGUAAGCAAAACAUGAAAGCCUUAGCAAUUUAUCACUGAAGCUUAAAGUCGUAAAAUCAGUCUGGUCAGUUUCAGCCUGAGGAAAGAGGAAGGCUCCUAACUCUUGGCUUUUGGUCUGGGAACAUUCAGACUUUGUAAGUUGGAAUAAACUAGACAUGAUAUUGAUAUUUUAUUAUUGAUUUUCAUGAAAAAAGGAUCUCCAUUUAUGUGUCUGUAUUCCUCUGUUGCAGAAUGUGGGCUCUGUAAGGCAACUGUUGUACGACUUCCCCUGGACCAACGUGGGAAAACUUGUAUUUGUGGUGAGUCACUGGUACAAUCAAACCUUUCAUCAGCACAGGACAGUAAUUUCAUGGAUUCUGUUGUUCAUUUUGAUUGAUUUACUCUCAGUUCAGAUAUAAUGAAACCAAAGCAUCUCCUGUCUUAUGGUGAUCUUUGUGAAAUCCUGCUCCUGCUCUUGGUUGUGGAAAUUUUUAUGCAGGGCUUCUUCUCUCUGCACUGCUGUUUUAUCUUCGCCUGCAAGUCCUCUGGAACUAAUCAGGGAUUUAGGAAGACUCCCCCCCCCUCUCUCACUCACAUACAUAGACUUUGUAUACUGUAUACAUAUUUUCAUGUAAUCAGCAGCAGUAUUUUCUCUCACAUGGAACCCUCUUGAUUUAUUCCUUUUAUCAGUUUUCACUUGGAAACCCAGUUUAAUCGUCUCAUCUGUGCUCUGAGUCAGCCUGGCAUUGAGCUGAGCGCAGCAGUCGGUUAAUGUGCUUCCAAAGGGCUUCUCUUAUCACAGGGGGGUAAGGAGGGCUCGCUAUAUCUCUGUUUCACUGCGACAGCCUCACAUUUUCUGCCAGUUAGCUAUUAAUCACCACCAGGAGAGGUCAUGAAUGCCUCUGACUGCCAUUGCACACAAAUGAAACCCUUUUGAUUCUAAUUUUAGCCACCUUUUCUGUAUUUUUAUACACUUUCAGAGACUUUAAAAGCAGGAUAAAUUACUUUAAACCUCCCAAAAAACUUGCUUUGUUGUCCAAGAAGGUUCUGAUGUGGCAAGUUUUGCGCCGGUCUUAGUCUGACACAAACAUCCAUCAAGUCUGCGAAAGAUAUCACGCUAAACACAUCCUGUUUUUUCUGUUGUUUUUCUUCGAGUUUGCACUCAGUAGCAUCGUGAGAAUGAUUCGGCCGUGGCGUGGCUGCUGCGGUUUUCGCUGUGGACGUGAAGGGCCUCUUGUGGCCCCGUCCCACCCUUCUCCUGAAUAACAGGCUUUCUCCUCCACCACACCCUCGAGUCACGUCACCCAGAACCGCUGCCACCAUGGCUGCAGCAUUAGCCGAGCGAGCCAGAGCGUGGAACAGGGCGGAGGGGCGUGUGGGCCGAUAAACACCAGAUGUUGUGAAGGUUUCAGGGGGAUUUUCUGUUCAGGAUAUUGGCCGGGAUAACUCAAACGCAUCAAUGCAUCUAUGAAUCAAGGUUUGGAGGAAGAAGGAAUUAAACAAUUUAGUUUUUCUGAUGCAACAAGUGAAAUAACGUUGCACAUGCUCUUUCCAAAUGAAGUCAUUCCCCCGGUGUCCUGCGGUGUUGGAUUGGAGACUCUUCCUCAACCUUGCCAGUUCUCUUGCUGAUUUUGGUUACGUUGAGGGAUUUUUGGAUGAAAACGGCCCCGGAGUGACGCUUGGAGUUUUCGAUGUGGGUGGCCUCUUUUGGAGGAAUUUCUGGAAACAGGAGAAAGUUGACCAGCUGUCUUCAGCAGAGAGUUUAGGGUGGCUAUCGCGUGUACGGCUUGAAAAAGGAAAAGCAGCCUCUGAAAACCUUUUAAUAACCUAAAACCUGACACCAGUCUGCAGCUGAACCACCAACAAGGAAGCUGCGACUCAUUGUAAUUAUCGACAACUAUCACACUCUUACUCAAACUAAGAUCUGGUCAAAUAAUAUCAGAGAUUUGCUUCUCAUCCCGAAAGAAGCAGCAAAAUAUAAAUACUGCAUUACAUAAUAGUGGCCCUUUUUGUCCAGUCCAGUUUGACUUAAUCACCCUUACUCACUGCCCAGUAAAAUUCCAGGUGACCACCAGGAUCUGCAGAGGAGCAGUUUGAGGUUAAGCACAGAUAAGAAAAGGAAGAGCAGAGCUCCUUCAUUUUCCUCCUCACUGUUUUCCUUCUGGUCUAAGGAUUGGAGGAGGAAAUCUUACUGCCUUAAAAGUAAAUCUGCCCAGAGAACAUUAUUAUACAGAGGAAAGCCACUGCCAAUGAGCUGUCAGAUGGUUUCUAUGAAGUUAUUUGCCUUGAGCGUGGAGUUGCAUACCUGUAAUAUGCUUCCCUACCUGUGAAAAGGCUGUAAAAUGAUUUGAAUCCAGCUGCUGUCGUGUAAAAACUCUGGAUAAACAAAGUGAAAGUGCACUUCUGUGGUCAGAAAUGUGCUCCUCUUUGCAUUUUCAAAGGUUUUAAACCCACCCGCUGCUUUUGAAAGUACAAACCUUUGCAGAAAUGUUUAUAGGUCUGCACUGAAAACAACCCCGCUGACACUGAAGACAGCUGUUUUUGGGUCGGGCCUUUGCCAAAAGGCGCGGGGGAAAGCACAAACCCUCCAUUUUAGCUUUUCCGUGUAUUCAUCCAACAUGUCCUCCUCCUGGAAAAUCAUCAGAACCACUCAGAAAAAAAGCUUUGUCUCAGUGUCUGAAUGAAGAAAUGAAUAACUGACGGUUUAAUUGUAGCAUCGUGUUUGGCUACAACAUAGUUUUAGGAACAGACUCUGCUCCCCUCUGCGGUUUCCCUUCUGGCCUCUCUGGCACUUCAUUGUUUCAUAUCCACAUUCUUCAUAAUCUUAUAUUAACUGCUGCAAAUCAUAAACUACUGUAAUCAUCCUGUUUUUGUCUCCCAGGGAAAGAAGUUUGAAAUCCUCCCUGAUGGUCUCCCCUCAGCACGGAAACUCAUCUAUUACACAGGCUGUCCCAUACGCUCCCGUCACCUUUUACAGCUGCUCAGCAACAGCCACAGACUCUACAUGAACCUACAGCCUGUUCUCAAACAAGUCCGGCGCUUAGAGGAAAACGAAGGUAUUUCUUGGCAAGCUUCUGUUUUUUCAUUUAUUUCUCGUCUUACAUCAUCAGCCAAACACACAAAAACAAAACCACCCGAGGAUGAGCUGGUUAGACCUUUUGCUGCAUCCCUGUCAGAAUUACAACACAGUAAUUCUGUGACUUCCUGAAUAUGUCUGGAGCUGGUGAAGGGUCAGACACAUAACCCUGGGCUAAUUACACGGUUUAUGUAAUAAUUGGACAAAAGAAUGUGGUGAUUAGGGAGAUUUAGAGGUCCUAGGAGGCAAUUUUGUUGACUUUGGGUAGAGCCAAAGCUAAUAACCACUUUUUUCUGGUCUUUCUGCGAAGCUGAACUACCUAGCAUCUGGCUGUGACUUAAUUUCUUUAGUAGAUCUUUCAUAAUUCAGCUGCAGAAAGAAAGUUUUUCACUCCUCUGAAGAGUUUAAGUUUGUUUUCAUAGGAAUAUUUUGUACCACGGUCUAGUUGUAAUGAAAACAAACUAAAUAUUUUCUUAGCUGCAAAAUGUCAGGAUGAAUUUUUUGCUUCGCAGCCAAGGUCAAAAUGUGUCUCUUCUGUGUUUUCAGAGAAGAAGCAGUACAGGGAGUCGUACAUCAGCGACGCUCUCGAGCUCGACAUGGAUCAUCUCGACAAACGUUCCCGAGCCAGCGGCAGCAGUGCGGGGAGUACGUCUCAUCACAAACGCCUCUCCCGCCACUCCACCACCAGCCACGGCAGCUCACACACCUCGGGCAUCGAGACAGACAGCUUCAGGGCCCCGGGUCAGGCCCCCCACAGACCACUACGAACGUGCAGCUCGUCCACAACCAGCCACGGGAGCUCACACACGUCCGGCAUCGAGAGCAGCGGCAAAGAGCGCAUACUGGAUGAUGAUGAUGGUGAGAGCUAGAGGAAGUUUUUUAAAUUAUGUAUUUAAUGAAAGGUUAAAGUAAACAAAAAUGACUUUUCAUUAAUUUUGUCUUGAUAAAAUAAAAGUGUAGAGAUUGUCUUGAAUACUUUGAACUAAGUUUUAAUUAUGUGGACUUUUAUUUCUGCAGAGAUUGAGAUGCUGGUGGAUGAUCCCAAAGACUACGAGGAGCUUCAUGAGAUGGCUCUAGACCAGGAACUGUGUAUCCACAUCACAGAGGACAUGUUGACCAUGUCACCUGAUCAGAGCAACGGAUACUCAGGUACAAAGACCGUUAAUUAUCUCUGACCUACCUUUACUUACCUGCCUUUUAAUACAAGAGUCCCCUGAGGUAACCUUCAGCCUCUGCAGAAGAAAAUUAUUGUUUUAUUCUUUGUCACCAAACAAUUAAGAGAGCCAGACAACCAUGGGAAAGCAAGAAGAGCCCAGGAUGGAUUACUGCAUCUGUGAUAUCAGCUGCAAUAGCUGACAUCAAGCAUGUUGUUUCCAACUUAAUCUUAAAUGUUGUCUCGUGAUCUAACAGGACUGAUAGUAAAAGAUGUCAGCUCCUCUACGUCCAGCUCCUCUGAGACCGUCGUCAAGAUGAGAGGACAGAGCAUCGAGUCUCUGCCACGGGUAAACGAGACUUCAUUUACCUCAGCUCACAAUGUGCACCUGUAUGAGCACAAUACAGUUUCCAAGUUUCCUACUGCAGCUUUUCUUUGUGGUUUUUAAUUUGCUGCUUUCUACCAUCAGACCUCAGCUUGCAGGAAGCCUCAGUCUUCCACGGAUCGUCACAGUCAGUCACUCGAUGACAUCCGGCUCUAUCAGAAGGACUGCCUGCAGUGGGCGGAGCUCUGCCAGGACACCGCCCACAGCUACACUUUCGGCUGCGCCCAGGAGCUGAGCGACGGUGGCGGAGGAUACCAGGGCCUUGCCGAGCAGCGUGCCGGCAUGCUUAGCGAGCAGCACCCGUUCCCCAUCAAGAGAACCAACAAGUACUUCUCCCUGGACCUGACCAGUGAUGAGGUCCCCGAGUUUGUGGUGUGAAAAAGAAGAGACCUCAGGGUGACCUUUUUUUUACUCCGUGUCAGAUGUGGAGAUGUUCGAACCCUCAGGGAACGAGAUGAGAGAGCAGCGCUGGAGAGGUGGUUUCUAUUCUUGGCAGCAGUCAUUAGUAAACUGGCAACAAGUCUGCUGCUGCUCUGACGAAUAACACAUGAACAAACAUGGAGGAUUCUGACUGAAGAGGAACUCUAAGAACAAAAAAAAAGGAAACAUGCGUCUUAAGAACAUAACCUGAGCUGCUCCCCUCUGUGAAAGGAAACAAAAGGGAUCGUGUCAUCUUUCAAAAACAUUUGUAUUCAGCUGUGUCUCCUAUGGACUGUUCAGGAACUGCAUGUCGUGUCUGCCUCCCAAAAAGAGUGUGUAUGCGUACACGUGGGGUUACAGCAGACAGGGACUCACACACAGACACAAUGAGCAUAUCAAAGAUCUUCUCUGUAGGACACAAAGGACAGACCACUCUGAGCUGAAAACCAAAGACAAGAAAAAAAAAACUUCUCACACACAUUUCAAAGGCCUGGAUGGUGGUCGUGAAGUGCAGAGUGCCAGCCCCCGCCUCUCAGACUGGACUCUGGAUCAUGUGAACACACCCGGCGUGCCUUCAUCUCUCUAUGCAGGUGUCAAACCGUCGCCUUGACAAUCACUUACUUUCAAGAUUCAAGCCAUCAAAACUCAGAGCUCGAUUUAUUUUUAAACAUGAAAUACACACUCCUUUAUGAGAUCAAGCCAGUUUUUCAAGAUUUAGUGAAAUGUCAGGAAGAUUUAUGCAUCCUCUGAAAUCAGACGGAGUUUUAUGCAGGAAUGAGGUCGAGUUAGCUCCUACAUGUCCCGGCCUGCGCAAAUGUGCGGCCAGGAAAGCUUCCCUGUAAUCUAGACUCAAAAUGGAGGCUGGGUUAGCUGUGGGCCAAAACAAACCAUACAUGUUGAUGCGAACAUGCAAGUCUUCCUUUCUGCUCCGAUCUGUUUCAUUCGUCUCCUUUUUCAUUUCACCUGUCAUCUAAAACUGGAAUUUGUCACAUCUUUUUUAUUAUUCAUCAUGACUGUUUAACCUGAAAGCUUUGUACGUGUUGUGUUUUUGUAUAAGCUGUCCAGACUUGUGUAUGUUGAUCAGUUACUCUGCGUGCGGUUGAUUUCAUUCAGUAUUACACAUAUGUAAGUGACAGUAUUAAGGAUGUGUGAUGUUUGUGGCUCUGAACAAGAAAGACUGGUUUUAGCAUUUGAAGCCCAUGAACUCAAGAAGACUGAGGGACAUUUUACAAGCUGUUACUUCUCACAGGUCACAUCCUUUCUCAUUUUUACUGGUGUGAAUGAGGACCGAAGAUUUUAUCAUGUUACAAGUGCAAAAGCAAAAAAAUUUACUCGUGAAUUGUUACAUUAAAGCUCAAAGUGCCAGAGUAACAUCUUUGUAAUGCCACAUUUUAAUUUUAAGAUCCCAAUGUUUUAAAGCUUUUCUUCAGUGAAAUCACCACUUUUGUUUGUAUGAGUUUGGAAACACUGCACCAUGAGGUCUAACUGUAGUGUUUGUUUUAAAUGAAAUCUUCAGUUGCUCCUGGGUGGAGCUUAAGCUGGUCAUGAAACCGACUGAAAUGAACACUUGCAAAUCAACAAUGUGAUGAAAAGUUUUUAUAGACUGACAGUAUGUUUGAGAAAAAGCUUGUUUUAUUUAUAUUUUAAUUUUUCAAAGCAGAGUUUACAUUUCACUGUUACAAGAGCGUAGGAUGAGAUUUUUGUCAGAAAACGCCUUUUGCAUAUGUACAAAACUCAGUCAGCAGAGAUGUGAUGUGCAGCUUUAUCCACAGGGGGCGCCAAAGUUGACACAAACAGAAAGUUCAUAACUUCAGCUUUAAGUAUCGGAGAAAGGCUCGAUUAUACUUCAACAACACACCCUCUUCACAGAUCACCGUAAAGUGCAGAAAGACAUAAAUUAACUUUACUCACUAUUUAUAACCUUGUUUUAAUUGACCAAAGCAAACAUGUCAGUUUUGCUCUUAGUUUUAUGUUCAGGUAAAAAAACAAAAAAGCUAAAAGGUGAAUUGAGGAGUAUUUUGUUGUUGAGCAAAGCCACGCAAGUUGUUUCCCAUUUCUGUCCAGCUGCAGGUCUUAAACUUCUUGUGGUCUUAUAACUUUACAGUGAUGUCAAUAAUACCAUCCAACUCUCUCUUUAGAUUUCUAACAAACGUUUCUGUGAGCUGCUCAGUUUGUUUUACCAAAUGUCAAACUAAGAUGUAAUGAUAUAUAUAUAUUCGGAUUCCGAAAUUGUUUUAUUCAUUCUGACUCUAAGCCUAAGGUUAGCAUUGUGUGUCAUUUUGUCUCUCAGACUCUUGUCAGUGUUUCCAAACUUAAACACAGAGCAUGAAAUCAAUUCAAUCACGUUUUUUUGUGUGUUGAGUCAUCUCAUUUCAGCUUUAAUUUUAACCACAUGUGGAUUCAAAUCCACAGCUUGACAUGCAGGCAAUAAAGCAUCUGAACAAGUCUAAACUAAGAAAAAGAAAAAAAGUGAUAAAUAAAAUUAUUUGGUUUGAUACUUUUGUAUUUCUUACAUCUUUGCUCAACUGUUAAAAAGCUAUAUUUCUUCUCAUUAAUGGAAAAUGUCGUAUUUUGAUGGACAAAGUUUCUUAUAUGAAAACAGUAUGUGUUGAGGCACAUAGCCAUACAGUCAUAACCCAUGUCCUAAAAAUCUUCUUAAUUUGUUCUUACAUUUUCUGACUUCAGUAUAUGGUCAAACUUACACUUUGUAAGAGUCUGUAUGUCUGUGUCCUUAAUCCUUUCUGUGAAAGGAUCUCCCUUCAGGAAAACUGAUUUUUUUUUUGUGUGUCCCUGUAGUUAAAAAAAGGAAUUGUUAUUAUGAAGUCUGGUUUGUGCCUUCUUGGUACUAAUGCCCUCAAUAUCCAAUAAAAAGGUACACUUAUUUGCCAAAA